AUGGGAAUUCAGUUACAAUUGAGUCAAACUCAAAAGCUCCAUCUACAUAAAGCUUUAGAACAAUUGGAAUCUCUAUCUUCCAAGGUGAAUUGUGAUGCUUCCGUGACCAUAGCAGAUUCCAUUCCCGUCAACCACGAAGACGGCGUACUCAAGGAACAUGGAACCGCCGAUCUAGACGGAGAAGUUGUUGCCACGCUCUGUGGAAUUGUCGAGCGUGUUAACAAGCUUGUUUAUGUCUGUGCAUUGCGCUCAAGGUACAAACCAGAGGUUGGCGACAUUGUUAUUGGGCGUGUUGUUGAGGUUGCUCAGGAGCGUUGGAGAUUGGAUAUUAACUACAGUCAAAAUGCUUAUCUCAUGUUUUCUGCUAUGAAUAUGCCUGAUGGUGUACAGAGACGAAGGACAGCUUUAGAUGAGUUGAAUAUGUGCUGUAUUUUCGAGGAGGCAGAUGUCAUUUGUGCCGAAGUUUGUGGUUUUCAACAUGAUGGCCUACACCUUCAAGCAAAAAGUAAAAAUACGGAAAGCUUACCUGCCAAUGUCCACAGUGUUGUAUCUUGGGGAAAUCCACCU